AUGCCGGCGACUAGAAUGGCCAACGGCGUCGGGCUGGGACGACAGCCAGACCUCACUCUUGUGUCAGACGAUGACUUCAUCUACGAGCAGGACAUCCAGCGAAAUCCCGGCAGCACAAAACCAUGGCUCGCCUAUGUCGAGUUCAAGUUCCAGCACGGCUCUGUCCACGAGCAAGCCUUCGUCCUCGAGCGCGCCUGCAUACAGCUGCCGCGAUCCUACAAGCUGUGGAAGAUCUACCUGAGGUUUCGCGUCAAGCAUCUCGCCAAGCUGAAUCCGGCCGUCUUCGCCUCUGAGUACCGCAAGGUCAACGCGCUCUUUGAGCGGGCCUUGAUCCUCCUGAACAAGAUGCCGCGGAUAUGGGAAAUGUAUCUGAAGUUUCUGAUGAAGCAGCCUCUCGUCACUGUUACCCGCCACGCGUUCGAUCGAGCACUCCGGGCGCUGCCGAUCACUCAGCACAACAGAAUAUGGGCUCUCUACAGGCCGUUUGCGAAUUCAGCAUCGGGCGAGACGGCAGUCAAGAUCUGGAGGCGGUAUAUGCAGGUUCAUCCGGAGGAUGCAGAGGACUUUAUCGAGCUACUUAUUCACGUUGGAUUUUAUACAGAGGCGGUCCACAAGUACAUCGAUAUACUCAACAAUCCUCGUUUCCAGAGCAAGCAGGGCAAGGGUCACUAUGAGCUCUGGAGCGAGAUGGUAGAUUUACUAGUUGAUCAUGCCGGCGAGAUUGAGACUGGUCACGAGACCGGUAUCGACGUGGAGCGAAUCAUCCGGAGCGGCAUUGACCGCUUCGCAGAUCAAAGAGGAAAGCUGUGGGUUGGUCUUGCAACGUACUGGAUUCGACGAGGUAGCUUUGAACGUGCGAGAGAUGUCUUUGAGGAGGGCAUCACAACCGUGAUGACGGUCCGAGACUUCACUCUUGUGUUCGACUCGUACGCGGAGUUCGAGGAAUCUAUCAUCGGUGCGCUCAUGGAAGUUGCUCAAACACGGGCAGAGAAGGGAGUCGUUGAUGAGGCGGCCGAUUUCGACCUUGACAUCCGCAUGAUGCGUUUUGAGCACCUAAUGGACCGCCGCCCCUUCCUCCUUAACGAUGUCUUGCUACGGCAGAAUCCAAACAACGUCUCCGAGUGGGAGAAGCGUGUCGCUCUCUGGGGAGACAACAAGCAAGAAGUUGUCCAGACAUACACCGAUGCGAUUGCUGCGAUCCAGCCAAAGAAAGCUAGCGGCGCAUUCCACCAACUCUGGGCCAACUAUGCGAAGUUCUACGAGCGGGGUGGUGAUCUGCGCAACGCCCGCAUCAUCAUGGAGAAGGCGGUUAAAGUGCCCUUCAAGUCCGUUGCCGAACUCGCCGACAUGUGGAUUGAGUGGGCGGAAAUGGAGCUGCGCAACGAAAACUUUGAUGAGGCCGUCCGAAUUAUGGCGAAGGCUGUACAGGCACCAAAACGUUCCACGGUUGACUAUUUCGACGAGACAUUAUCCCCUCAGCAGAGAGUUCAUAAGAGCUGGAAGUUAUGGAGUUUCUACGUUGACCUGGUAGAGAGCGUCAGCUCAUUAGAAGAGACGAAGAAGGUGUAUGAGCGAAUUUUCGAGCUCAGAAUUGCCACACCCCAGACAGUGGUCAACUAUGCCAACCUGCUUGAGGAGAACAAAUACUAUGAAGAGUCGUUCAAGAUCUACGAGCGAGGUCUCGAUCUGUUCAGUUACCCGGUGGCCUUCGAACUAUGGAAUCUAUACCUGACCAAGGCCGUCGAUCGGGAGAUUGGCAUCGAGAGGUUACGAGAUCUCUUCGAGCAGGCAGUGGAAGGCUGCCCGCCCAAGUUCGCCAAGAUAUUAUAUCUCAUGUACGGCAAUUUAGAGGAGGAGCGAGGUCUAGCUCGUCAUGCCAUGCGUAUCUACGAGAGGGCCACCCGCGCUGUCUCGGACGAGGACCGUGCCGACAUGUUCAACUUCUACAUUACAAAAUCCGCAUCAAACUUCGGAUUGCCAUCAACACGUCCGAUCUACGAAAGGGCUAUUGCAGCCCUACCAGACGACGAGGCCCGCGAUAUGUGCCUGAAGUUCGCCGAUAUGGAAAAGCGACUGGGCGAAAUCGACCGGGCCCGUGCCAUCUAUGGUCAUGCCUCUCAGUUCUGCGACCCUCGCACGAACCCGGCUUUCUGGACGAAGUGGGAGCAGUUCGAAGUGCAGCACGGAAACGAGGACACCUUCAAGGAGAUGCGCAGGAUCAAGCGCAGCGUCCAGGCACAGUACAACACCGACGUCAACUUUAUCGCGUCUCAAGCUCUGGCAAGGAGUCAAGCCACGCAGGACAUUGUGGUCGACGACGACGUUGCGGACGCCAUGGAGGCGUUGGAGCGACAGGCUCGAGCACCUGUGGGAUUCGUGGCGGCCAGCGAUGGGCCAAAGGGCGGCAAUAUUCCCGCACCUCCUGUGGUGGCCUCCAAUCCCGACGCAAUCGACAUUGACGAUAUGGAUGAAUGA